AUGCCUUUUGAUUGUUUUAUUGAAACAAGAAAAAAUAGUAUAUUAACUUGUGGAAGUGGAGAACAAAUAGGUCAUGGUUUCCGUAUGGUAACAAGGAAACCUCGAAAAAUUGAAAAAGUAUUUUCUGAAAAUGUAAUUGACAUUACUGCAGGUGGUGUUCAUUCUGUUGUGUUAACAAGUAACGGUGAAGUUUAUAGUUGUGGAGUUAAUGAAAAUGGUAUAAUUCCUGUUGAUGGAUUCUUUGAUAGUACUCAUGAUUCUAUUAAUACAUUUACAAAACUAUAUUUUAAUAAAAGGAUAAGAGAUCAUGGAAAAAUUAUAAAUAUUGUUGUUGGAGCAUCAUUUACUGCUUCAUUAACUGAAAAAGGAAGUGUUUUAACAUGGGGUGAUUUUCGUGAUGGUGGAGGUGAAAUGGAAAAUCAUAAAAUAUUUGACAAAUUACGUAAUAGAGUUAAUGUACUUGUUGACUUCAAAAAAGAAUAUAAAAUUGGAAAAAUUGUUGCCGGUGAGAACCACUUAAUAUGUUUGUCAAAUAAGGGUAAAUUAUUUACUUUCGGUGAUUUAUCUAAAGGACAAUUAGGUAGAGUUAAUGGAAGAUAUCCCAGUAGAGGUGGAGCUUUUUAUAAAGAUUCAUCUGGAGAAAAUAUAAAAGUUCCUAAUAUUAUUACUAAAGGAAAAGAUAUUCGUUUUGAAAAUAUUUUUGCUGGUGGAUAUUGGUCAAUGGCUAUUGAUAAAAAUGGAGAUGUAUAUGUUUGUGGUUUAAAUAAUUUUGAUCAACUUGGAUUUCCAACAUCAACUGAAAAAAAUUCUGAUAAUAGACUAAUGCAUUUUAGGAAAUCUCCAAUUUUUAAAAAAAAAGGACAUAAAAUAACCCAUGCAUGUGGGAUGCAGCAUAUUGUUGUAAGAUAUAGUAAUGGAAACAUCUAUUCUAUAGGAAGAAAUAUUGACAAUACUCUUGGAAUAGGAUCAUGGAAAGGAAAAAAUGAUAAAGUUAAUUGGAAGUCAAGUAAAUUAAUGAAAAUAAAAUUUAGUCAUAAGAUUGUUGGUAUAACUGCAGCUUAUGGAUGUUCCAUUGCUUGGGAUAUUAAUGGAAAUGCAUGGUCAUGGGGAUCAGAUACAUCUGGUCAACUGGGACUUGGUAUAAAAGAUGACGAUGAUAAAAUGGUUCCAAAGCCUAGAAAAAUUUUAUCAAAACACUUAAUUGGAAAAAAAAUAUUAAAAGUAUCUAUUGCUGAUAAUCAUUCUAUUUUUUUAGCAACUGAUGUUUAA